AAAUCAGAAUAUGUUUUUUGUUUUAUUUUUUUCUGUGCUUUUGGGAUACCUAAUUGUGAGGCAGUAUCAAAAAGUAUCAAGACUACCACCAGGUCCAAUUUCUCUUCCAUUAAUUGGAAAUUUACCUCAAAUUAUCUACUAUCUAUGGUCAACUGGUGGCAUUGUUUCGACUCUCGACCUGUUUAGAAAGAGGUACGGUAAUAUUUUCACACUAUGGGUCGGACCAAUUCCCCACGUGAGCAUUGCGGAUUAUGAGACAUCUCAUGAAGUUUUUGUCAAGAAUGCUGGUAAAUAUGCGGACAAAUUUCAUGCGCCGGUUAUGAGAGAUGUCAGAAACGAUAUUGGAGUUUUGAUUACCAACGGUGAUCACUGGCAAGAAAUGAGACGAUUCUCCCUUCAAGCAUUUAGGAAUAUGGGAGUUGGUAAAGAUAUAAUGGAAACUCGAAUUAUGGAGGAACUUGAUGCGAGGUGCUCCGACAUCGAUAAAUUGGCAACCAAUGGUGUCACUAUUACACAUGCCUCUGAAUUUUUCGAUUUAACUGUGGGCAGUAUUAUCAACAGUAUUCUGGUUGGAAAACGCUUCGAAGAAGACACAAAACAUGAAUUUUUAAAAAUCAAGGAAACAAUGGAUGCAUCAUUUGAAACUUUUUCUCCUUUUGAUAUGACUGCACCCGUUUGGUUUUUGAAAACAUUUUUCAAGCAUCGCUACGAUAAAAUAUGGAGUGCUCAAGAGACUGCAAAGAAUUUCGCAGCUGCAGAAGCGAUUAAAAGAGUAGAAUCUAUUAAGUCUGGGAAAUAUGUAAUUGAUGAAAACAACCUGCAAGAUUACACUGACGCGUUUUUACUUAAAAUUCAAAAAGAAGGAGAAAGCAAGGAUUUCAACAUUGAAACAUUGAAAACAAUGAUAAUCGAUUUGUGGAUGACUGGCCAAGAAACUACUACAACUACACUUAUUUCUGGUUUCAAUCAACUUUUAUUACAUCCAGAAGUUAUGAUUAAAGCAAGAGAAGAAAUACUAAAAAUAACGGAAAAUGGCUCUCGACAUCUUAGCCUUACUGAUCGUACCUCAACUCCUUAUGUGAAUGCAGUGAUUGGAGAAAUUCAACGUCAUGCAUCCAUUCUUAACGUCAGCUUCUGGAAAAUCAAUAAGGAGUUCACAUACAUGGGAGGUCACCCAGUUGAUGCUGGUGCUCUGGUCACUUCUCAACUCAGUGCUCUCCAUGUUAAUGAAACUGUCUUCAAAAACCCACAAGAAUUUAAUCCGGAAAGAUUCAUUCGAGAUGGGAAGCUUCUUCAGAAAGUGAUUCCUUUUGGAGUUGGGAAGAGAAAUUGUUUGGGUGAAUCUUUAGCCAAAGCAGAAUUGUAUUUGAUCUUCGGUAACCUUCUCCUUCGCUACAAAUUCGAACAACAUGGCAAAUUAUCCACUACCGAGCUUAUGCCAUACAGCGCUGGAAAAAGACCAUUCAAGUUGGAAAUGAAAUUUGUGAAAAUUUGAAAGUUCACAAUUUAUUCAUUCAUCCAUGUAAACUGUAUAUUUUGAAUUUGUGUUGUAAAGAAUUUAUCUUCGAAUAAAAUGUUUUUAAAGGUU